UUCACAUUUCCUUUCUCCUGUCUCACUUCUUCCCCCUCUCAGUUAUUUGGAGCUAUUCCACCUUCUGUUCAAUCUCACAUCUUGCUGUGAUUGCUGCUUUCUUUUCUUUUCAUUUUAUUUUUAGCUGAGUGUGUUUGCUUCAUACCCAUUUGCACAGAGUUCAGGCUCUACUACAAGAUGGUAUUCGGACGCAAGAAGGACGACGACGAUUCCUCUAACCGCCGUGCGCUCUUCGGCUCUAGGUCGAAGAACAAGAGUCCCGCGCCUCCCGCCAACCCUUACGCAAAGCCUAUUCCUACCGACCCUUACACUAAAGCCAAGAUAAAUGCUGGAGUCGCUCCUCUACCAGCGGGCGAACAGCCACCUGCUCACAACACUCCUGCGGGGGCAAACGUUCCUGGCGACAACAAGCUCCAAGGAGGUUAUGCUCCCAACAAGUUUGUCAACCAAGGUGGAUAUGGAGGUGAUCGAUUUGGUGGUGGGGGUCCAGCCCCGGCCGCGUCGCGGUAUGGCCCUGGUGGGUAUGGAGGAUUAGGUAGCGCCGAUCCCAAUGAUCCAGGUGAUGCUGGCAGAGAAGCUUUGUUUGGAGGAGCUAGGGAACGAGCGGAACAACAGCAGUCACAGGGUGCACCACCACCCCCGUACUCCGAGGGCACUCCCUCUUACGGCGGCGGUAGCAAUGCAUACACCACUUCGACCUAUCAGGAGCGCCAUCUUACAGCAGAGGAAGAGGAAGAAGAAGAGAUCCAGACCAUCAAGCAGGAUAUUCGGUUUAUCAAGCAGGGUGAUGUGGCUUCCACCCGGAAUGCGCUUCGUAUCGCGGCGCAGGCCGAGGAGACAGGUCGGGAAACUCUUGCUCGUUUGGGUGCGCAAGGCGAGCGGAUCCACGAUACUGAGAAGAGCUUGGACAUUGCCACGAUAGAAGGUCGCAUUGCCGAGGAGAAGGCAAAGGAGUUGAAGACUCUUAACAAGAGCAUGUUCGCCGUUCACGUCUCAAAUCCUUUUACAAGCGCCCGUCGUCGCCGAGACCGCGAUGAGAAGAUCUUGAAUACUCACCGGGAAGAGCGUGAAACUCGUGAAGGCACUCGCAAGGAGGCUUUCGGCACCAACCAGCGUAUGGAGCGUACGUUCAGAGAGAUCGACCGUGAAGCCGGCAAGCAUAACGGACGAGCGCGUACGAACGCUACCGAGCGUGCUAAGUAUCAAUUCGAGGCUGACAGUGAGGAUGAGGCGAUGGAGGACGAAAUUGAACAGAAUCUGGACUUGCUGUCCGGAGCUGCAGGCCGGUUGCAUGGGCUUUCUAAAGCGACAGGUCGCGAGCUGGAUGAGCAGAAUCGCCAUCUGGAGCGUAUCAUGCAAAAGAGCGAUUUCGUCGACGACCAGAUUGCUAUGAACCGCGCCAAGCUGGACCGGAUUCGUUAGACUUCCUGUGGUAUAUAGAGAAUUCGCGGGAAAGUUGUCGACGCCUGGUGCUCUCAACUUCAAUGCGAAUUGUCACUAUGCAUAUUCUUCCUAUUAACUACAUAUCCAUGGCGUUCUGGGUUCUCAUAUCUUCAAUCCUAGUGUUUGUUACCUGCCUUGAUUCUUGAGAUCUUGCAUUGGAGGAAAUUAAUAGUACUUAUCACUUUCGGCCAAGUAGAGCAUGCUCUGCCAGUCUAUACCCAAGUUGGCCGCAAGUUAUAUGGUAGACUCUAUUGUAGAACAUAGAAAUUUGAUUAUUUGCUUAAA